CGUCCAAUUGAUAUAUGAUGAAUCUUGCCCCUCACGCGUUCAAAUGCUAUGAAUUUAUUUCGCUCCCCGGGUAAAUAAUCUGCCAAACUCAUUCAUUCUCUCUGUCCCUCCUCGUACUAUUACUCGAAAGUAUAUCAAAGGCGGAGAACCAAACUAGACUCGGCACCUGAGGUAGGGACUUGUUGUACUUCCCUUCUUGUCAUUUUCCUGCUUUCCUCUCUCUUCGAUCGAACAAAUCUCGACCAAGGACACACGAGAUUAAGGAUCAGAUCGAUUCGACUGGUACCCCUCCUCUCAAGAUAGCGACAGCCAUACCUUGAAACUCGACAACAAUGGGUUCAACUACGCAAUCAUUCAAGGCCGAGGCCGUCUUCCCUAGCACCAGUCCACCGUUUGUGCAAUUCGCAAGUAGGCGCAGUGUGGUGCACAGUACGAAGGGUAUGGUGGCAUGUACGCAACCUCUAGCAGCCGAGGCAGGACAGAGAAUAUUGAAGAUGGGUGGGAACGCAGCUGAUGCCGCAGUCGCAGUCGGUACGAUAUACCUCGCCCACCCACACCCUCAUAACCAGACAACACUAACACCUCCGGUACAGCUGCUGCGUUAAACAUGACCGAACCCUCGUCGACCGGUAUAGGAGGAGACAUGUUUUGUUUGUUCUUCGACGCCAAAACCAAAAAAGUACACGCGUUGAAUGGAUCCGGUAGGAGUCCGAAGAAUACCUCGGUCGAACAAGUACGCAAAGAGCUGGGCCAGAAGAACGGAAAUAUACCUACCCACAGUGCACUCGCUGUGACGGUGCCAGGUGCGGCGGCAGGUUGGGUCGACACCAUUGCCAAGUUUGGUAGUGGGAAGGUCAGUAUGGAACAGAUCCUCACACCCGCGAUUGAGCUGGGUGAGGAAGGGUUUCCUGUCAGUGAAUUUGCUGCGAGCUUUUGGCAAGCAGGUGAAGCGGAUUUGAAACGAGCAUCGCCGAAUUUCCGAGAGAUGCUGAAACGAGAUAAGAAGGCGGAUCAGUUCGUCCGGGCCCCAAGGGCAGGUGAGAUCAUGCACAACCCUUGCCUGGCGCAAACGUUUAGGGCCGUGGCGGCGGAGGGGAAGAAGGGCUUCUACACGGGCAAGAUCGCGCAGAGCAUCGUCGACGUUCUUCGGUUUUCGGGCGGGUUCGUGGAAUUAUCGGAUCUGGAAGACCAUAUGAACCGCGGCGCAGAUGAGCCUGAAGCCAUCUCGCUCAAGUUCCGAGGUCAGAAUGUCAAAAACAAAGGACCGCACCGGUUGGCGGACAAUGCGGGGGACUAUUUUGUCGAGCUGUGGGAACAUCCUCCGAACGGACAGGGGAUUGUUGCCCUGAUGGCCCUGGGGAUUCUGGAGGAGCUGGAACGGACUGGCAAGAUCCAGACGUUUGCUCUGGAAGAUCACAACAGCGCCUCGUACCUACAUGCGGUGAUUGAAGCCCUCCGGAUCGCCUUUGCGGAUGCAGCCUGGUGGGUAACGGAUCCCGAGUUCAUGCCAGUCAAGUCUGCGGAAUUGAUCUCGAGAGAAUACCUGGCUGAGCGGGCGAAACUGUUCAAUCCGGAAAAAGCCGUCGAUCACGCGCAUGGCAAACCGCGCAGUCCAGCCCAGAACCACAGUGACACGGUGUACUUUGCCGUCGCGGACAAGGAUGGCAACGGGUGCAGUUUCAUCAAUUCGAACUACGAAGGGUUCGGCUCGUGUAUCAUCCCGCAAGGGUGUGGGUUUACGCUGCAGAACCGGGGGUCGAACUUUGACUUGGCGCCAGAUGACCAUCCGAACGUCUACCAGGGCGGAAAGAGACCUUACCAUACCAUCAUUCCCGGAAUGAUCACCCACGGAGACGCAGCUGAGAGACAGUUGCAUUCGGUGUAUGGUGUCAUGGGAGGGUUCAUGCAGCCACAAGGCCACGUUCAGGUGUUGCUCAACAUGGAGGUGUUUGGCAUGAAUCCUCAACAGGCACUGGACGCACCGAGGAUCUGUCUCGGUGCGGGAAUGCCGGAGGAUGGGGAGAAGCAGAUGAAUGUUGUGUAUCUGGAGGAAGGAAUCGACGACGAAGUGGUCAAGGUGUUGAAGAAGAUGGGUCAUGAUGUCGAGGUCGUGAAUGGUUGGAAACGAGGGAGGUUUGGAAGAGGGCAGAUUAUCAGAAGACAUGUUGAUGAAGAGACGGGACAGGCUGUGUUUAGCGGUGGAAGUGAUUUGAGGGGUGAUGGAAUGGCUAUUCCCGCGUAGACGGUACUUGUACGUACAAGUCCAUCAGAGGUAAUCCUGAGUAUGGAGUAUUCAUGAAGAUGACUGUUCAAUUCCUCUGGGACCUUGAUGCGAUACCAUCCUUGAGAAGAUCAGGGACGGAAAUGUAGUGUACAGUACCUGGUAUCUUGUUCCUGAUACAGCGUGCCCUACCUGAUUGUGU